UGCACCUAGUAAUAACUAAGUUAAAAAUGCUAAGUUAAAAAUGCUGAUUUGAUGAUCACUUCUUAUGCAUCAAUCAAUUUUUUUAUUCAAUGUUAACAUCUUAUGUUACUUCGCAGUUGCAGGGUAAACUAAGGAAAAUGUGAUGCCAGAAGAGAUUACCCUUUCUAAUCUCUCUCUAACUAGCUCAUCAUCUUCUCAAGGAUCUCCAUUUCCUAAUUUAGAAGGAAUGAAUUCACCAUUUUGCGCCGACGAAACAUGUUCCCAGUAUUUGAAAGCAGAGUCAAAGGACUCUCAAUCUAAUAAAAAUGGGAGUGAUUAUUUAGGAAGUAGUGUACAGACUGAUGAAUCUGCACCUAGUAAUAACUUCUGUAGUGAAGUUAGAGAAAGUGAAUUAGUCCCAUCUGAUGAAACUAAAUUCUCUAGUGAAGUGAGAGAAAGUGAAUCGAUACAGUCUAAUAAGACUAAAUUCUCUAAUGAAGUGAGUAAGAGUGAGUCAAUACAGUCUGAUAAGCCUACGCCAAAUCAAGCUCUUGUUGAUGGUGCAUCUCCAUUUGAGUCUGUGAAAGAAGCUGUAACCAAGUUUGAAGGCGUCAUUGAUUGGAAAGCCCGUAAGGUCCAGACUAUGGAGCAUGGUGAUGCAAUUUCGACCAUCAAAUCAGCAAGAGAUGGACUUGAAACACUUAGGCUUGAAUAUGCUUCCCUGCUUAAAGAGAGGGACAUGGCUAUUGAGAAAGCCGAAGAGGCCAUGGCCACAUAUAAUGAGAUUGAGAAAACAGUCCAAGAACUCAUUUCAGAGCUCAUUGCAGUUAAUGAGUCACUUGAAUCAGCUCAUGCUGAACUUUUAGAGAGAGAAGAUAGAAGGAUGGUUGCAUCCAUGGCCAAAGAGCAAGAAUUACUCAAAGGGGAGAUGGAUAUGAAGAUCAAAAACCAGGAGCUGGAGAGGCUCAAAGCCGAAUUAGAAUCAUAUAAGGAAGCCAGAGCUAUGGUAGUGCUUGAAACUUCCUCUGAGAACCAGAUGGGUGAUGCACGAGAAACAUCAAAAGAGGCUCAAACUGAUACUUUUUCAGCCAUGGCCUCAGCUGAUGUGGAAGCGGGAUUAGAAGAAGCUUGGAUAGAUCCAGUUGAAGCCAUGGCCUUGGCUCGGAAGGAGCUCAAUGAAGUAAUGAGCAAUAUCAAGAAGGCCAAAGAUGAGGUACAGUGUCUCAGAGUUGCGGCUUUCUCUCUCAAGAGUGAACUAGAGAGAGAAAAGGCAGCGCUUAUGCAACAGAGAGAAGGCAGGGAAUUGGCCUUAGUGCUCAGAGCUGAAUUAGAUAGAAUCACAUCGGAAACAGAAACGGUUCUAGAGAAAGAGGGAGCGGGUAGACAGAGAAUUGCCGAGCUUCCUAGUGCAAUUCAGAUAGCUGCUUUGGAAGCUGAUCAGGCCAAGUCCUCAGAGCAAUUGGCUCAUGAAGACUUAAUGAGGGUGAGAAAAGAUGCUGAACAAGCUAAAGGUAGCGCAACCACCAUGGAAGCUCGACUCAUAGCAACCAUCAGAGAGAUUGAGGCUUCAAAGGCCUCGGAGAGGCUAGCCCUUGCAGCUAUUGAAGCUCUGGAUGGGAGCUCACAAAAUGGGGUGACUCUCUCUCUAGACCAGUACUUCGAGAUGAGCAAGAGAGCCUAUGAGGCAGAGGAACAAGCGAGUGCAAGGGUGGCUGCUGCUUUUUAUGAGUUGGGUUUGGCAAAAGAGUCUGAGUUGAGGAGUUUAGAGAGGGAAAAGGAAGCAAAGAGAGACUUGGGUUCGAGGAAGGAGGCGUUAUGUAUGGCCGUGCAGAAGAGAGAGAAAGCUAUGGAAGAGAAGUUGGUCAUAGAGGAAGAGCUAAGGAAGUGGAGAACCGAUCAAGAAGAGCUUCGAAGGAUGAGCGGUUCUCCUUCAGUGUUGCAGGUUUUGAUGGGAGAUACCAAGAGCUUGGAUGGAGAUGGUGAUAGUGUCUCCAUUUAUCAGGCAUCAAGCUCGAAGACAUUCAUGUCUGAGAGCGAUGAUCUCGUUAGUACAGGGUCUGAAUUUAGGGAGAAGAAGAGGAAUAAGAAGAAGAAAAAAACAUUCUUCCCUCAAAUCAUUACCUUCUUGGCCAGAAGGAACAGCGGUUGAUGUAAAUGUGGUUUUCAUCCCCCACCACCCCCCCCCC